UCUGAGAAAGAUCGCAGAUUUUGGUGAAACCUGCCGAAGAAGAAGAAAAAGCAAAGAGAAUGUUUUCACUCUACCUGUUUCCCACGGGAAAAGCAGAAGCCACUGGCUUCCUUCCUCAGCUCCAUCCUGUGGAUGUAAUGGCUGCCCCUGCUCUGUCCUGGCAUCUGCCCCUCCUCGCCCUCCUCCUGUCCCUGGCGACCCCUUGGGCAUCCGCAGCAGUGAACGGCACUUCCCAGCUCACAUGCUUCUACAACUCGAGAGCCAACAUCUCCUGUGUCUGGAGCCAAGCCGAGGCUCUGCAGGACACCUCCUGCCAAGUCCAGGCCAGGCCGGACAAACGGCCGUGGAACCAAACCUGUGAGCUGCUCCCUGUGAGCCAGGCAUCCCGAGCCUGCAACCUCAUCCUCGGACCCCCGGAUUCUCAGAAACUGACCUCAGCGGACAUCGUCAACCUGAGGGUGAUGUGCCGUGAAGGGGCGCGAUGGAGGAUGAUGACCACUCAGGACUUCGAACCCUUUGAGAACUUUCGCCUGAUGGCCCCCAUCUCCCUCCAAGUCGUCUAUAUGGGGACCCAUGAUUGCAACAUAAGCUGGGAAAUCUCCCAAGCCUCCCACUACUUUGAAAGAAAACUGGAGUCGGAGGCCCGGAUGCUGUCCCCAGGCUGCACCUGGGAGGAGGCCCCCCUGCUGACCCUCAAGCAACAGCAGGAAUGGAUGUUCCUGGACACGCUCACCCCAGACACCCACUAUGAGCUGCAGGUGCGGAUUAGGCCUCUACGAGGCAAGCACACGACCUGGAGCCCCUGGAGCCAGCCCCUGACCUUCAGGACGAGGCCUGCAGCCCCUGGGAAGGACACCCCUCCUUGGCCCAGCCACCUCCUUGUGGGCUUCAGCGGGGCCUGUGGCUUCAUCAUCUUGGUCUACUUGCUGGUCAACUGCAGGAACACCGGACCAUGGCUGAAGAAGGUCCUGAAAUGUCACACCCCAGACCCCUCGAAGUUCUUUUCCCAGCUGAGCUCAGAGCAUGGAGGAGAUAUCCAGAAGUGGCUUUCCUCGCCCUUCCCCUCAUCGUCCUUCAGCCCUGGCGGCCUGACACCUGAGAUCUCGCCGCUGGAAGUGCUGGAGAGUGACAAGGCGACGCAGCUGCUCCUGCAGCAGGCCAAGGUGCCUGAGCCCACGUCCUUAAGCAGCAAGCGCUCGCUGACCAGCUGCUUCACCAACCAGGGCUACUUCUUCUUCCGCCUCCCGGAUGCCCUGGAGAUCGAGGCCUGCCAGGUGUACUUUACUUACGACCCCUGUGCAGAGGAAGAGCCUGAUGAGGGUGGGGCCGGGGCGCCCACAGGGUCAUCCCCCCAUCCCCUGUGGCCUCUGUCAGGGGAGGACGAUGCCUACUGCACCUUCCCCCCUGGGGAUGACCUGCUGCUCUUCUCCCCCAGUCUCCUCAGUGGCCCCAGCCCCCCAAACACUGCCCUUGGGAGCAGCGGGGCCAGUGAAGAGAGGCUGCCCCUUUCCUUGCAGGAGAGAGUCCCCAGAGACUGGGACCUCCAGCCCCCAAGGCCUCCCACCCCAGGAGUCCCAGACCUGGUGGAUUUCCAGCCACCCCCCGAGCUGGUGCUGCGAGAGGCGGGGGAGGAGGUCCCUGACCCUGGCCACAGGGAGGGGGCUGGUUUCCCCUGGGCCAGUCCUCCUGGGCAGGGCCAGGUCAGGGUCCUUAACUGUCGCUUGCCCCUGAACACCGAUGCCUACUUGUCCCUCCAAGAAAUCCAAGAUCAGGACCCAGGUCACUUGGUGUAGACAGAUGGCCAGGGUGGGGGGCAGGCAGUUGCCUGCUCUGUGCCGGGCCUGAGCAGGGGCCUGUUGAGGACUCUGUGCCCGAGCCUAGUCCACUGCUGAGGACACUCAGUGUCCAGUCCUCUGGAUGCCUCCACCCAGAUGGCCCCCACCCCCUGCACACUUGGCCCAUCCAUUUCCAAACCUCCAUUGCUGCUCCCUGGUCCUGCUGCCCGAGCCGGGAACUGUGUGUGUUGCUGGGGGAGGUAACUCCUCAAUUCCCUCUUCAGUCACCCAGUCCCAUGAGUUUAGUAUCUGAAGCAUCGCUCCUCUCCAGCCCUGCAGCUAUUCCCCAUCAGUCCCCGAAGCUCUCCAGGGCUCCUCACCCCACCUCUUCCCUGGGUUUUCUACCCCAGCCUCCUCCCCUCCCCUCCCUCUCCAGAGAGCAGCCUGAGCAUGCUUUCCAUAACCCAAACAUGGCCAUGCUCCUCCCCAGUUAAAAAAUCUUGCAUGGCUCCCGCUGCCAUCAGCCCCGCUCAUCUGGCACCUGUACCUCCUGCAUCAUGUGAGGACAGUCCCUUUGGCAACCGUCCCUACAGUUCUGAGCUGCUCAGAGCUGCCGCACACCCCCUCUGUCACACCUGCUUAUUCCCUGAGCCUGCUGUGCCCUCCCCCUCAUUUAGGUGACAAACUCCCCUGGAGGGAAGCACUCCCUCCCUUAAUCUGCCGGAAACUUCUAGCCUCAGUACUGGAGGUCGAAGCUAUCAGGGACCCAGGGCGACUGGAGAAAGAGACCCUGUUACUUGGGAUCUCUGAGACCUCAGAGUGCUUGGCUGCUGCAUCCUUCAUGCUGGGCCCCAAGUAUGGGCACAGGUCCCCCCACAAAGUAGACGCCUGCUGCAUCUUCCCACAGUGGCUUCACAGACCCACAGGAGAAGCUGCUGGAGAGUAAACCCUGGGCUCCGAGGCCCAGGCAGCAGCCACUCCUCGUGCCGGGCCCUGAUGCUGCCAGGCCUGGGACCUCCCACUCCCCCUCCACUGGAGGGGUCUCCUCUGCAGCUCUGCAGGGGUUGGCACACUGGUCUCAAAAGGGCAGCUCCACAGGGCAGGGUCUCAUUAUCUUUUCACUGCCCUGGACACAGUGCCCAGCACCCCAUCGUAUACCUUGGAUGGACACAUGAAUUACCUGGCGGCACCUGGUCUGGGCUCCCUGCGCCUGACAUUCACACAGACAGGCAAAGUCCCAUGCCUAUGAGGUCUGGCAAGUCCCCUUCUGCAAGGGGCUCAUCUGCACACCUCAGUCUUCCCCGUCUCACACAACUGGCCCCUUCCUUCUCGUGCCCCUCCCCUCCCCUCCCCUCCCCUCCCCUCCCCUCCACUCCACCUAUCUUUCCUCUGCCCCAGGCAGAUCGCAUUGCACCUGCACUUAUAGGCCCUGCUCACAGCUGAUUGGGCACUUGACCACAUGUCCCCAUAGGCUGAGCAGUAGCCUAUGAGGGGGCCUGGCACCAAGCUCUGUCCAAUCAGGUAGGCUGGGCCUGAACUAGCCAAUCAGAUCAUCUCUGUCUUAGGCAUUUGAACUCAGGGAGGGAGGCCCCUGGGACCAGGUGCUUGUGGACUAAGCUACCUGGAGAAGGUAGACAAGAAUUGAGCCACUGAGCAGAGGACCUUGGGCUCCCAAUACAAAAAUACCUACUGCCGAGAGGGCUGCUGACCAUUUGGUCGGGAUUCCUGUUGCCUUUGUAUCCAAAAUAAGUUCCCCUUUCUUGAGGUUUUCUGAGUCUUGGGUCUGUGCCUUGAAAAGAACUUAUUCACAGGACAGUCUGACCUCGUGCCAUAGGGUCCUGCAUGUUCCAGACCACAGGGAGCUCCACACCUUUGCUGCGUGUCCUGGGCAACCUACUAAACCUCUCUGCAAGUCAGCUUCCUUAUCCCCCAAAGGGAAAUUGUAUUUGCCUGCUCCAGGAGGCUCCCACGUCUUGGGAGGGUUACAUUUUUUAAGUGUUAGUCAUUUGUGAUCUUAGUAUCUAUACAUCUGUAUCUUUUAAUGAUCUGUGUGUACUAUCUUUGUGAUUAUUAAUAUUUUUUCUUGAAGUCAAUUCACUUUUUGUUAAAAUACAUUUAUUUAAAGAAAAAUAUAUUACUCUGUAAAUGAAAAGAAAACGAUUUUCACUAUAAAUAAAAGGUAGCUGUACAAA